AUGCAUGCUGCAAAAGCCCUCUCCCUCAUCGGUGCACUCGUUGCUGGCGUCUCUGCAGUCAAGGGACCUGUCGUUCAUAGCAGAAGAAACCCAAAAGGCCCCAAGCUUCAAGUCUUGCCCCGGCAAUUACCAGCGGAUCCCACGGGCGUACAGACCAUUACCACUUCCAAUGGCAUCAGUAUCACUUACAAAGAGCCAGGCAAAGAGGGUGUUUGCGAGACGACUCCAGGCGUCAACUCCUACGCGGGUUUCGUCAACCUUGCGCCGGACGUCCACAGCUUCUUCUGGUUCUUUGAGUCAAGACAUGAUCCGGCCAACGACCCGAUAACGCUCUGGCUUAAUGGAGGACCUGGCAGUGACUCCUUGAUCGGCAUGUUCCAAGAGCUUGGCCCCUGCAAUGUCACCGAAGACCUCAUCACUCAACUGAACCCUUACGCUUGGAAUGAGGCCUCAAACAUGAUCUUUCUCAGCCAGCCGCUAGGUGUCGGUUUUUCAUACGGCUCGAAGGGUCCUGGCUCGCUUGAUCCCGACUUUGGUGAAUUCCUUAGCGCCUCAGAGGCAAACGUGACUGGGAGAUACCCCAUCAUUAAUGCGACUGCGAUUGACACCACUGAUCUUGCUGCCAUCGCUGCCUGGGAGGUCCUCCAAGGGUUCUAUGCGUCGCUCCCACAGCUCGAUUCUAAGGUCCAGUCGACCCAGUUCAACCUGUGGACUGAGUCGUAUGGAGGUCACUAUGGCCCCGCCUUCUUCAACUACUUCUACCAGCAAAACCAAGCAAUUCUGAACGGCACCCAGUCCGGCAAGGCGUUCGAAUUCACCAACCUGGGCAUCAUCAACGGCAUUGUGGACGAAUACAUCCAAGCCCCCUACUAUCCGCUUUUCGCCAACAACAACACUUAUGGCAUCAAAGCCGUCAACGACACCGUUUUUGAGUACAUGAACUUUGCUUGCCACAUGGCCAACGGUUGCUUGGACCAGAUCUCUUUUUGUGCAGCUGCCGAUACCACAAAGCUGGUUGGACAGGCGCUCUGCGCCGAAGCCGCGGACAUGUGCCGUGAUAACGUGGAAGGUCCCUACUAUUAUUACGGUGACCGCGGCGUUUACGACAUCCGACACCCCUUCCAGGACCCAACCCCGCCAGAUUACUUUGUCGAUUUUCUCAAUCUGCCGUCGACGCAACAAGCCCUCGGCGUGGACACGAACUAUACCAGCAGCAACAACGACGUCUAUUACGCCUUUCAGCAGACAGGUGACUUUGUGUAUCUCAACUUCCUCUCCGACCUGGAACAGAUCCUCAACUCGUCCGUUCGCGUCACACUGGUGUACGGAGACGCUGACUACAUCUGCAACUGGUUUGGCGGAGAAGCCGUCUCCCUCGCCACGCAAUACGAGCACUCUGCAGAAUUCCAAAAGGCCGGCUAUGUGCCCUUUGUGGUCGAUGGCGUCGAGUACGGUGAAACCCGCGAGUACGGUAACUUUUCCUUCACCCGCAUCUACGAGGCUGGGCAUGAGGUCCCCUACUACCAGCCCAUCGCGUCGUUGGGCUUCUUCACCCGCGCCAUCAACGGCUUGGACAUCGCCACGGGAACCAUGCCUGUGAAUGGACGUCAAGGCGGCACAUCGGGUUCGCCGUCCGCGACGCACACCGAGCCAUUCGUGCCGCUCCCGACGACCAGUUCGAGCUCAGCAGCAAGUGCGACGGGCUCGUCUGCGCCCGCGAAACAUCCCAUCAUUCCAAAAGGGCGAUUCGCCAGACGGGCGUACUGA